AUGCAAGGAUCGGCGAGGAGAAAUAUCAUGACGUUUAGAGAUUUGUGCGGCGAGGACGCUCUAAAAAAGGUUAUUCUUGUCACAACAAUGUGGGACAAGGUCUCAAGUUCCGAAGGCAAUAUGCGUGAGCAGGAAUUGAAAGACAAAAAGGAGUUCUGGGGUUACAUGAUGGGCAAGGGAAGCACCUGUCAUCGACAUGAAAAUACCAAGGCUUCAGCAAGGGAUAUCGUACACCUGCUAGCCAAGCACAAGAACCCCAUAGUCACGGACAACCAGAAACAGCUUGUCGACCAGAACCUCAAUCUUGAUCAAACAUCGGCCGGCAAGGGGCUGCAAAGCGAGACCCUAAAAGAAAGAGCAAAAUGGAUGAAGGAGAGGCAACAGUUUGAGCAGGAGCUACGAGAAGCGAGACUGCAACAGGACCGCGAGAGAGAAGAAAUCAUACGUGAGGAGCAGGAUAUACGUGCAGAAAUGAUAAGGAAGGCGGAUCAGGAUAUGGCCGCCCUGCGCUUGAAUAUGGAGAAUCUGCUCGCCAAGCGAGAAGAGCGCGAGGCACAAAUGGAGAAGCGCAUGGAAGAGCGCCUGGAGAGGCAGAUGCAAAAGAAGCAGGCUGCUCAUGACAAAGAGAUAAAAAGGAUCCGAAUGAAAAAGGAGGCCGAACUGGAGGCAGCGAAAAAACAACAGAAGCAAGCUAGACGCGAGCUGGAAAAGCUCGAGCGGAAGAAGGAGGAGAUGAAGGCCGAACAAGAGAGAAAAGCUGAACAGAAGAGAAAUUCAAAGGCUUUACAAGCUAGCAAUCAGACCAUAAUAUCCUCAUCAAACGCGGCAGGUUACUCUCCCUGGUCGGUAACCAUGGGGGAAAACAUUUGUGCUGUUAGUGGCCCAAAAUCAUACAAGUGGUAUGCUCACCUCCCCGAUGGUUCGACUGUUCGAAACACUGAAUAG